AAACCUCGCCUGUAUUAUUAGAUUUAUUUUUUACGCAUUACUUCAGGAGAUUUGUCAUCCGACGAAAGUGAUGUACAACCUAUUUUAUCGGUUCUCAAAAUUGAUAAACCGAAAGGAGAAACAGUCAUAAGUGUUAGCUUUAAACGCGGGUCGGAUGAAGAAGCUUUUCAAGAAGAGACGCCGUUCCCUGUACCUAAAAUGGCGUAUUUAAUGCCUAGGGGUAAUGUCAACGAAGAACAUCUAGCUGAAGGAGAAGACGAGACGCCACCAGAGGAACCUGAAACACGAGCACCUGAACCAGAACCUACUACCCCCUCAAAAUCAAAAAAAACAAGAGUCCAAGUCGAUCCUCACGCAUCAGUGGACGAAACCGUCAACAAAGCGCAUUACCUCACCGCCUUGCCCGUAGUUCCCGAAAGCGAAAUUCCUUACACCCCGAUUUUGUACACUUUUCGAGUAAAAACCAGAGGAAAAGCGACCAAACUCAAACACAUAACGACCAAACCUCCACCGUUUUAUUUGCAGUUUGACCACGCGAUUGCCGUCAUUUGGAUGCUCUUUAGCAAGGACUCCAACAAGAAAGACCUGGGAAUCGUCCAACUCCAAUGGGCUCUCCAUUUCUUACAAUCGAUCUACAACGACGCCGGCGUUCACCCAAAAGACGUCCAACUGUGCAUCGACGCCAUCCAAGACUACCUCAUCAACAAGUAUGCAGAAAUGUCUGGGGAAGCGGUAGUCUUCGGAUCGUCGAAAUUCGGAGAUUUCGUUGAAGGCGACAAGGGAAAAUGUGCCCCUUUUUCUGUAAAUUAUUCGCAAAUGAUGAAGAAAUGUCCGCGCACGACUGGUCUAGAGGACAAAGAAUCUACAAUGUUGGAUAAACAACUACUCGACGAGCUGGAGAACGUGAAAAAGGUGGUCGGCAUAGAUUCGAUAGAUCUGACGAAGGUCGUGUCCAAGGACCAGGUCAUGUAUAUUUUGAACGAAUGGAAGAGAGAACAGAUCGAGAAGAUUCAAGACGAACUGAAAAUGUUGUACGUGGUCGAGGAUAUGAUGAAGAACUCGGAUUCGCAGAACUUCGAAGGGUACACCGACGAAUCGCAGUUUAAAACGGUAUUUAAAAAGAACUAAUAAAAAUAAGUACCGAGUAAAA